AUGAAGAGGAUCUUCAAGGGUCAUUCGCCCUGGGGCUUCCUGAGCUUUAGGCAUGCCGAGAACCAAGAACCUCCCAGGUACCUCACUGGGUACACGCCUGUGAAAAGGAUCCACAAAGCUGCAAGCGUGGGCGACAUACCCCAAGUGCAGAAAUUGCUCGAAUUUGGGAAUAUUGAUGUGAACAUUACAGACCGGAAGAAAAGGACCGCUCUGCACUAUGCCUGUGCUCACGGCCAGUCAGAAAUGGUGAGCCUCUUGCUGUGGUACGACUGCAACAUCGAAGCCCGAGACCGAGAGGAAAGCACAGCUCUGAUCAAGGCCACACAGCGCCAGCAUGAGAUCUGUGUGAAGAUCCUUCUGGAAAACGGCGCGGACCCAAACGCCGUCGAUGUUUAUCAUAUCACGGCCCUCCACUACGCGGUCUACAACAACGACACGGCCAUAGCCGCCAAGCUUCUGUCGUUCAAUGCAAACACUGAAAUUAAGACAAAGAAUGGCUACACGCCGCUCAUCCUCGCAGUGCUGGAAAACAAACAGGAGAUGGUGGAACUCUUGCUGCGGGCUGCGGCCAACAUAAACGCCGUGGAUAACUGCAAGAGGUCCGCCCUCAUACAUGCUGUGAGAAUUCAGUCUAAAAACAUGAUCAGCCUUCUUCUCCAGCAAGGUGCUGACCCAUCUUUGGUGGACAUCUAUGGAGCCACUGCACAAAGCUAUGCUGUUUUCGAAACCUUUCAAGUGCUUUCCCAAAGCCCCGGUCCCGGUCCUGAGCUUACAACAAAAGAGGACAAACAGAGUUUUGACACUAAGGAUGGCUGCAUACCACAUUCACACCACAUCAAGGAAGACAACCAAGGGAUGGAGGAAAACACAGAUGACAAGCUGGAGAGCUCCGCCCAAAGACGUAGUAACUCUGAACCCACAGAAGACGAUGAACCUAGCUUCAGUACCAAGCCUCCUGUGGCCCAGUCACCCAUGUUCACCGAGUCCAGCCUCUGGGUUGGCUAUCCUGCAGACUGGCCUGAACCCGUUAAGUUCUCCAGGCAACCAGCAGUCUACAACCCAACCGAAUGGAGGGAAGACAUGGAAUCCCGGUCAGUUCCUCAAGAGGAAAGCAAACAGCAGGUGGCAAUCUUCCCGGAGGGAAAGGAGGCAGACGCACAGACACAAGAGCUGCUGAGCAGGGUUUUCAAGGAGUCUGGUGACAAUGAUCCCAACUUCCCAGCAAUAGAGAACACUAAGGAUGAACUGGUGUCACUUUUAGCCCCUCUGGAGGAAAACAAACCACAGAUGACAGAAUUUCCAUUAAUUGAAGCUGCCAAGUUCCAGACAGAUGUCCAGCUGGACAGACAAGGUGUUUUAAAAGUUGAAGAAAAGGGACUUGAAAUUUGCCAAGACCGCAAUCUAGAAGCGGCUGAAAGUGCUGAGUCCUAUUCAAUGCUAAGGUUCUCCACCAACCGUGAUAUUAGUGACCCUGAGCCCACAACAAGAAAGGAUGAACUUAAGUUGGAUACAAAGGACAAAGAUGGGUUAGAGAAACAUCCCCUGGCAUCCAGAGCAUCCCAGCAUCAAGCCAAGAAACUGAGCCUUCCACCUUCACAGCUCCAGGAAAGACCUCAGGAGACAGAGAUGGACACGACUUCUGAUGAGGAAGAUACAUCUGGACUUUCAAAAUCUGCUAACGGUCAAAUGCCUGGGAGAAAGUUGAGGGAAGGAGAGAAACUGGAGGGCAAACAAACUGCACAACGUGUCAUAAACAAGCCAACCCAGAAGGGUGGUGAGCUCUAUGAAGGUGUGAAAGCCAAUGUUUACCACAAGGAAGAGCAACCACCUGAUGUCUCAGGAAAAGCUCACCUGAAGUCAGUCCCCACUAACCUGGCCUACAAUAUGCUUGACUGUGGCGACAGAGAUGUGACUGCAGGGUUGGUCUCUGCAGCACUGCGGUCCUUUCCCAGACAGAAGGAAGGUGGCCUUGGAAAUGCCUUUCCAUCUCCCUCAUCCUCAUCCUCUCGGAUCGUGGAGUCCAGUGGCCAUUCACUUACUAAGUUUUCCUUAAUGAAAAAUAAAUUAGACUGUGAAAAUAACACGUCUGAAUUGGAAGAAUCUUUUCAUAAAAGAAAGGAGAAAUCUUCUAAAAAUGCCGAAAGCAGAAAGGUAAGAGGUAAAUGCCCAGAAGUGCGUGUGGGUGAAAAGCAAGAAGGCCAAGAGUUCAAGGGCCAGUUGCAAAAGUGUAUGAAACCAAAACGCACGGACGGGCAGUUAGAUAUCGGACACAUGCACAAGUCCAGUGAUGCCAGCAGGCUUUCAAACGCCAAAGAAAGGAGUCACGUGAGCGAAAUAAAAAGUUGGGGUGAUUCUAUCCUUCAUGUAAGCGACAUGUACGGGAAAAGUCAAGGCACACAGGACUUGUCCCCGAAGCCACUGCCCUGCAAAGGCAAUUGCGAAGCCCCUGCAUGCACCUUGGGACUCGCCAGUGAUGCGCCCCCUGGUGGCCGGACCGCAAGGGCGUUCGGGGCUGAAGAACUGCAGAACAGGCUCUCGGACAGCGAGUUCCGGAUAUUGGAGGAAGAGAUCCUGGCCUGGGAGAAAGUCCACCUUGAAAACGAGAGUGUCUCUGAGAAUCUGCUAAAGAAGUGCGAGGGGAUUAUAUCUGAUGCCACAGAUCAACAAGAACAUUAUCUAGAAACAGUCCAGGCAGCAGCGGAAACAGACUCUGAGGGGACCUCACAGCCAGAGCAGAAGGAUCUUGACAGCAGUGAAAGUCCCCAGCUGUCGGAUCCAGCCCUCUCCAAGACGUGUCCCCAAACACAGAACACACCUGUGGAUCCAAGCACACCGACCUGUCCCCUGUCUGAGAAGGACAGCAAGCAAAUUCACACCCCACCUUUGCAUCUGAAGAGAAUGUCUGAAGACCUCGAAAUAGACAAGAAACUUGACAGAGAAUGUGCACCCGGACAUCCCGAAGUCCCUUCAGUGAAAGCUCAUGGGAGAGAGUCUCUCACCCGAGACACGGUAGGGAGUAACGGGGAGCCAAAAAGCAGCUCUGAGCUGCAGCACUCGGCUGGGGAUGCGUUGGAGAACAUCGGUCCUGUGGAGGAACCACUUCCGGGUAACUGUAGAAGAACUCAGUUCAAGGUUGAAGAAAUAACCAAGAAGCAGCCGAGUGUGGAAUCAGAGGAACCAGAGAACCUGUGUCUUACGGUCGCUGGGUUUAAUGACAACCAGUUGGUUUUCGAAAGGAACGGUGGAAAGACUGGGGAGCUAUUUCCUGCUGAAGAGAAAGAUGAGCUUCCCAAGAGUGUUCCUGACUCGUGGAUAAAGGAAGAGAAGUCCAGUGAGAAGGAAGCAUGGGGCCCCCCGGAGCCUGUGGUCACACCAGUAUUUGAGGAGUCCCCUCCAGAAGCUGCUGGUCUGCUGCCGCUGAAGGAUGGCCACCUUCUCACUAAAAUGGAUCCGGUUGAAAGAAGGCUGACAAAGAGAGACGCUAAAGAAAAGAACAAGACAGGAACCCAAGUAAAUGAAACGGAAGAAGGCAGCCGUGGAUGUGAGCCUUGUGCGACAGCCUCAGGCCGGGGUUCUCGCAUCCCGAUGAAGCUCUGGGACACGGCUCGCUCAGACGAAAGACUGGCAAAGCUGAGGAAGAGUCACUGUGAGCUGCUUACGAGAAAACUUGGAAAAGUGGGAGACAAGGCCAGCGGAGUGCAGAGAGAACAGACAGAAAUUAAAAAACCAAAAUCCUGGUCACGGCAUAAAGAAGUGGCAUGGGGCGAGCUCUGUGAUUUGAGGUUCCCCCUAAAGCAAGAUGAGAAACAAGAAAAUGUCGAGUUUAUGUUUCCUCAAAAGAAACCACGGUUACGAAGGGAAGAGGAACAACAUGGCGGGAGUGUGGAGCGUACUCAGCGCCCUGAAAUCAGGACCGUGAUCUCGGAACUGAAGGCCCUAGAAAAAGAUUUGAGACAGUUGCACAAUCUGAAAGAAAGCUGGGAGACUACCUAUUACAAAUACCUACACAUGGUUGUGAAACUUCAGUUUAUCGAGCAGGAGCUAAUAGCGAUAAAAACAGAGCAAAAGAAGUGCGGGCACCUGCUCGAGAACCAGAAGAACUUGGAAAAAGAAGUGCUCGACUUGAAAAGUUGGAUGAGGGAGAUCGAGACCCAAGCAAGAGAUCAAAACAACAUCAAAAUUUUAAGAGACACCAACGAUGCGGCAAUGAUACACCAGAUGGAUCUCAGAAUUAAGAACAUGGAAUCUCAGCUAGCCAUGACAGGAGCUCAGCAACAUGAAGGAGAGAUGUCAAAAUACAAGCCCCACCAUGCAGAUGAAGAGGGAUGUCAAAAUAGAAGCCCCACCAUGCAGGAGAGAGUAGCAUGGCCCAGCCAGUGAGAACAGAGCUGGGGGAGCAAGCCA